CGGUCAGUUGAUAGUGAUCCGCGAAUUGGGUUGGAUUGUGAUUGUUGAUUGUUGAUUCGUUGAUUGGUUGAUUCGUUGAUUCGAGCUUUUGGGUACUUUCUUCCAUUCCAUAAUCUUUGUUCGCCGGGCAUUCUUAUCAGAGCAGACAAGUGAUAAAAUAUGGCUAGUGAAGCUGCGGUUCCAGCGGUUUUAAAAACCCUGUUUAGCUAUAUCGAUGCCAACAAGGCCAAGUACAUCAGUGCGCUAGCGGAAGCUGUGGCAAUCAAGUCGGUCUCGGCUUGGCCCGAUUCGCGGACGGAAAUCUUCCGUAUGGUCGAUUGGGUUGCCGAGCGGUUGCGAGCGCUUGGGGCGACCGUUGAACUGGCCGACGUUGGCAAGCAGACCCUUUCCGAUGGACGAGUGCUCGAUCUGCCGAAGGUGAUUCUGGCCGAGUUGGGCAAAGAUCCCGCCAAGAAGACCGUUGUGCUAUACGGUCACAUCGACGUUCAGCCGGCUAUUCUGGAGGACGGGUGGGACACCGAACCAUUUGUGCUGACCGAGAAGGAUGGAAAGCUGUUUGGUCGUGGUGCCAGCGAUGACAAGGGACCGGUGCUCGGGUGGAUACAUGCGAUUGAGGCUUAUCAGGCUAUCGGGGAGCCCCUGCCGGUGAAUCUGAAAUUUGUUUUCGAGGGAAUGGAAGAAUCGGGCAGCGAAGGACUGGAUGAGCUUUUGUUUAAGAGAAAGGAUGACUUCCUGAGUGGGGUGGAUUACGUGUGUGUGUCCGACAAUUAUUGGCUCGGUAGGGAUAAACCUUGUAUUACAUAUGGGCUGAGAGGCAUUUGCUAUUUCGAGGUGGAGGUAGCUUGCGCUGGAAAGGAUCUACACAGUGGGGUUUUUGGAGGAACGGUAUACGAAGCAAUGAACGAUCUUGUAUAUUUGCUGGGAACACUCGCCGACAAAGAGGGUAAAAUUUUAAUUCCCAACGUGUACAAAGAGGUCGCCCCGCUGCUACCGAACGAGCAGCAGAUCUACGACGCAAUCGACUUCGAUGUGUCCGACUAUCGCGAUCAGCUUGGCGCGGGUCGUCUGCUGCAUAACGAGGACAAAACAAAAAUCUUGAUGCAUCGGUGGAGGCAACCAAGUCUUUCGAUUCACGGUGUUGAAGGUGCCUUCUACGAACCGGGUCAGAAAACAGUUAUCCCGAAGAAAGUAAUCGGGAAGUUUUCGAUUCGCAUCGUACCCGACCAAACCCCAGAGUUGAUCGAGAAAUACGUGGCUCAGUAUCUUACCGCUAAAUGGGCCGAACGAGGCUCGCCCAACAAGUUCGCCGUGCGAAUGGCCCACGGUGGUAAUCCCUGGACAGAGGAUCCGAAUCAUCCGCACUAUCAGGCAGCACGUGUCGCUACCAAAUAUGUGUACAACGUGGAUCCGGAUAUGACUCGAGAGGGAGGAUCAAUCCCUGUGACUUUGACACUGCAGCAGACCACCGGCAAGAACGUGCUUUUGCUACCGAUGGGUGCCUCCGAUGAUGGAGCGCACUCACAGAACGAGAAGAUCGAUGUUCGUAAUUAUAUCGAAGGGACUAAACUGUUGGGAGCCUAUUUGUACGAAGUAGCCCAGAUUAAGUGAUUUGAAGUGAGCGAGUAUACGAAAAUGCCUGAAACUGAACAUCACAUGAAUAUAUCACUAAACUCCGCUCUAG